AUGGAAUUCUCUUUAACUCCACAAACUGCCAAGAACGUCAACGUUUCCAUUUAUAAAGAUGACAAUGCAACAUUUUUACAAACUGUGGAUUACUCUGUUUUCCACGACUUUUUUACGGAACACAAAUUCAAUGGUGUAGACUUUACCAUUAUUUCGGCAUUCAUAGUCAUAAUUACUUUGUCUCUCUUGUAUAGACUCAAAUAUUCACAGGGAAAACAUCGUAAUUUGUUUCACGAACAGAAAUCACAAAAAGAAACGAAAGAGGAUUGUCCAUCACCAGACGUUCCCGUUAACGAAGACGGAGUAUCUCUGUUCUCCCUGUUAACGUUUGACUGGGUUCGUCCACUCUUGAACAAGGGACAAACUAGAAGAAGUCUGACUUCCAAAGACAUGUUUUCUUUGCCAAAGAAUCUGAACGUGAAAAAGGUACACGAACAAUUCCUUGAGGUAUUGCAGGGUAAUACUACACAUCCAGACGGACGGAAGAGGGUCUCAUUGCUGAAGGCGUUACACAAAGCCUAUGGAAUGGAUUUCUAUAUUAGAUGCGGUUUACUAGAAUUUAUGCUAAAACUGGUGGCCUUUACAUGUCCUAUUUCACUGUGGAUGUUGAUAUCAUUUUUUGAAAAUGAUGAAGGACCAUCACAUUUCGGAUAUCGCUAUGUUUUUGCAUUGUUUAUGUCUCUGUUUGGAAUUGCGUUCUUCGAUUGUAUUUUUGAAUGCAUAAAGUUGCAUGUCUAUUUCAAAGUAAGGAUUUCAGUUAUGACGGCUAUAUACGAAAAGAUACUAAGGCUGAAUACCGUGUCUCUAUCACAAUUCAGCACUGGUCAGAUCGUCAAUUUUCUUGGAACAGAUACAGACAGAAUAGUAGCAUUUUGUGAAUUUUUCCAUAGGAUUUGGAUAAUUCCUAUUGAAGUCGUUAUUUCUAUGUAUAUCCUAUACCAACUGGUUGGAAUCGCAUUCCUGGGAGGAGUGGUGAUCGGUCUUAUACAUAUUCCAUUAAACAAGAUAAUAUCAACAAAGCAGAUGGUGCUCAGCAAGACACUUAUGGAACAAAAAGACAGGCGAAUGAAGUUAAUGAAUGAAGUUUUGGGAGGAAUAAAGAUAAUCAAGUUUUACACAUGGGAAAAACACUUUCGGAUGGUAAUUGAUAAUCUGCGCGAGGCGGAACUGCAAACCAUGAAACAGAAACAAGUUCUUUGCGCCGUCAUAGAAUAUGUAUGGACAUUGACUCCCAUCCUGAUGACCCUACUGACCUUCAGUGCCUACUCCAUGCUGGGCAACACUUUAACGGCUUCAAAGAUAUUUACCUGUGUUGCGGUAUUUCUUAAGCUUAUGGGAUCCUUGGACCAGCUCCCUAUGGCAUUUAAUGGUGUUAUUGAAGCAGUAAUAUCUCUAGAAAGAGUUGAGAAAUUUAUAGCUCUGCCAGAGAUUGAUCUCAAUAACUACUACGUAGGAACAAAAGAAACUUGCGAGUCUGACAACGUGAUAUCAGUGAAUGCAGGACGAUUCUCAUGGGAAAAGAAGGCUUGCAUGAAUCUGUCAAAAGACAGUCGGAUUCAAAAUGCAAAGACGGAGGAGGCAAUCACCGAGUCAGGGACAUUAACUCUGCGAAAUAUUACUCUCGAUAUUUCACAAGGACAGUUCAUUGGAGUGAUUGGUAAAGUGGGCGCGGGUAAAAGUUCCUUCCUGCACGCUGUACUGGCUGAGAUGGCUCGGGAAGAUGGCAGUAUUUCGGUAUCGAACCUCCAACAAGGAUUUGCACUGGCGAGUCAGGAACCAUGGAUACAACAGACAACUAUAAGAGACAACGUUCUGUUUGGCAAUCCAUUCAACGGCCAAAAGUAUGCAGAGAUUCUUGAUGCAGUGUCUUUACGGAGAGACGUACAGAUGUUACCAGCUGGAGACAAGACAGAAGUUGGAGAAAAUGGUGUAACUUUAAGUGGAGGUCAAAAAGCUAGACUUGCUCUAGCUCGGGCAAUAUAUCAGAACAAGGAUGUUUAUCUUCUUGAUGAUCCUCUCGCAGCUGUUGACAGUCACGUGGCACGACAUAUAUAUGACAAGUGCAUCAUGGGAUUACUAAGGAAGAAGACAAGAAUUCUAUGUACACAUCAUACCAAAUUUCUUUGGAAAGCCGAUCUAAUCAUUGUAAUGGAUGAUGGAGUUAUUUCCAAAAUGGGUGUGCCAUCGGAAAUUCUCAACGAAGCAGAAUUUGCUGAACACAUACCAUCUUCACACAAAAGCGAAACUGAAUGUGAUGACAACAACGACGAUAAUGACUAUGACGGAGGUCUUGGAGAGGAAGUUAAAGUUACCGGGGAAAUCAAAUCAUAUGUGUACAAAGCGUUUUUGGCAGCUUUGGGUGGAUGGAUACCUUUAGCCAUACUACUGUCUGUUUUCUUCGCGGAAGCGUUGGAGAAGAUAAAAGGGUGGUUUCUGACUAAUUGGGUGCCUGGGUUAACACUGACCGAGAACAGCACAUCUGUUUCCGGACAUCUAUGUUUCCAUGACAACACGACUUCGCCAAACAGCUUGGGUCCAGUAUACGAUGUCGAAAAAGCCAGUGGUGUUGCAUCCAGUCAAACCAGUAUCUUCUACUACUUGACUAUGUAUGGGUGCAUGGCCGCUCUCUACUCUUUCGUCACAUUCGCAAAAGAAGUGUUAUUCGCGUACGGAGGGAUUCGCUUGGCUAGGACAAUGCACAACCAGUUAUUGAAAACUAUUCUCAAGGCACCCAUGUCCUUCUUCGAUGUGACACCUAUAGGCGGAAUUCUCAACCGAUUUUCUUCAGACCUGGGAACCAUCGAUGAUUCCUUAAGCAGUAUGAUAAACGUGGUUAUGUGUCAAUUGUUUGGGUUUAUUGGGACUAUCUGUAUCGCGACAUACGGUAUGCCUUGGUUCCUUGUUAUUCUACUGCCUGUGUCUAUCAUCUACUACCAUAUACAGGAUAAAUAUCGUCAUACAUCUCGGGAGGUGAGACGGAUUUCAACUCUAAAACGCUCACCGAUCUUCUCACAAUUCUCCGAGACUGUAUCCGGAAUGGUAACCAUUCGGGCCUUCCGGGAAACGGAGAGAUUUAAAGACCAGCACUUUGAAUGUGUUGACGAAUGGUUGAAGACCUAUUAUACGGCCCAUAAUGUCGGCAAUUGGUUGUGGGUACACACGCAGAUGCUUGUUAACGUCAUGGUUACAGGGAUAGCAACUCUAGCCGUUCUUGAACAUAAUAUCCACGGGAUCGAUCCAAGUGUCGUAGGAAUGGCUAUAUCGUAUGUCCUUUCAAUGUCGGAGCUGAUGGAGGGAAUGGUUUGUUGUGUUACCGAGACGGAGAAACAGAUGGUGAGUGUGGAGAGGGUACAACAGUAUAUAGAAGACACUACCAGCGAGAGGUGGGAAGGAACAAAGCCGUCCCCCAAAUGGCCUGCUCUAGGUGUGGUAAGCUACAGCGACGUAUACAUGAAGUACAGGGACGAUCUACCCAACGUCCUCAAGGGUGUUUCGUUCCGCACACGACACGCAGAAAAGGUGGGCAUUGUAGGGCGAACCGGGUCUGGUAAAUCCAGUCUGUUUCAGACUCUGUUCCGCACGGCAGAGAUAAAUUCAGGGGACAUCACCAUUGAUGGGGUGAAUAUACGUCAGCUGGAUCUCAAGGACGUCAGGCGACACCUGGCUGUGAUUCCUCAGGACCCCUUCCUCUUCAGCGGUAAUGUAAGGGAGAACCUAGAUCCUACCUCGUGUUACAGUGAUGAGGAGCUUUGGAGAGUAAUAGUCAAAUGUCAUCUUCGUCAUCUUGUCAACAGACUUGGAGGACUCGAAGGAGAUGUAGCCGAAAAGGGGCGAAACUUCUCUGUGGGGCAGAGACAACUAAUGUGUCUGGCUCGGGCACUCCUCACUAAAGCCAAGGUACUUUGUAUUGAUGAAGCCACGGCCAGUGUGGACCUUGAUACAGACAAACUGAUACAAGAAACAAUCCGCCAGGAGUUUAUGGACAGUACGGUGCUGACCAUUGCUCACCGUAUCAACACCAUAAUGGACAGUGACCGGGUAUUGGUGAUGGACCAGGGUCGGGUGGUAGAAUUGGACUCCCCGGGAAAUCUUCUAAAAGACACCAAGUCGGCUUUCUACCAGCUUGUACAUGGCGAAACACAUAGGAAUCUAGAAUCUAAAAACAAUUGA